AUGUUCUGUAUUUAUUGUCAACAGCUGAAAAGAAUUUUGCCAGCAUACUUGGCUCCUUGGAGGGCUUCUCCAUGUGCCUUUAGGUCCUCCAAACCGGAACUUAUGCCAAAUCUGGUCAGUGAUGGAGUUGUCUGUGCCCCACUUCAAACAUACACCGAAGAGGAGACAAUGCUGAAAAAUAUGGUGGCAAAAUUUGCUCAGGAGCGAGUUGCACCCUUGGUGCAAAAAAUGGAUGAGAAUUCAGAAAUGGAAGACUCUAUAAUACAGGGAUUGUUUGAACAAGGGCUGAUGAGUAUUGACCUUGGACAAGAAUAUGGAGGAACUGGAGCUUCAUUUUUUUCAGUCAUAUUGGUGGUAGAAGAACUGGCUAAAGUUGAUCCAGCUGUAUCUCUUCUUUGUGAACUCCAAAAUACACUAACAAAUAGGUUGUUUUCCACAUAUGGAACAGAAGAACAAAAGAGAACUUACUUGCCCAGAGUGGCAAAAGAUACAAUAGGCAGUUUCUGUCUCACAGAAGCUGGAUCUGGCAGUGAUGCUUUUUCUUUGAAGACUCGGGCUGAGAAGAAAGGAGACUACUAUAUUAUCAAUGGCUCAAAGAUGUGGAUUAGCUUGGCAGAACAUGCAGGAGUUUUCUUUGUGAUGGCAAAUACAGAUCCAUCCUUAGGAUACAAGGGAAUUACAUGCUUCAUAGUAGAUCGCAACACAGAAGGACUGCAUGUAGGGAAGAAGGAGGACAAGCUUGGAAUCAGAGCAUCUUCAACCUGCCCAGUAACAUUUGAAAAUGUUAAGGUUCCUGAGACCAAUAUCCUGGGACAGGUUGGGCAAGGCUAUAAGUAUGCAAUUGGAUUGCUAAAUACUGGCAGAAUAGGUAUUGCUGCACAGAUGUUAGGACUGGCACAGGGGUGUUUUGACCAUACAACUCCCUACACAAAGGAGAGAGUCCAAUUUGGGAAAAGUGUAUUUGAUUUCCAGGGGAUGCAGCACCAGAUAGCUCAGGUGGCCACGCAGCUGGAAGCAGCCAGGUUGCUGACCUACAACGCGGCCCGUCUGGCUGAAGCAGGAAGGCCAUUCAUCAAGGAGGCCAGCAUGGCCAAGUACUAUGCUGCUGAGGUUGCAACACUGACAACCAGUAAAUGUAUUGAAUGGAUGGGUGGUGUUGGAUUCACAAAAAAUUAUCCAAUAGAAAAGUACUAUCGUGACUGCAAGAUAGGUACAAUAUAUGAAGGAACUACAAAUAUCCAGUUGAGCACCAUUGCAAAAAGCAUAGCACGGGAGUACUGAAACCAUAAGGACUUCUCUACUGUUACCAGAAGUGAUUCCACUGAACACUCAUUGUGGAUUACAUGUUUAUUUGUAAUUAUGAAA